GCGGCAGGGUUUGUCCACCACAUAGUCCGUGUACAUGUGUAUAUGAGUGUAUGUGUGUAUGUAUAAAAGCUUGAGUGUAUAUGUAUAUAUGUGUGUGUAUAUGUGUGUGUAUAUGUGUGUAUAUGUGUGUGUAUAUGUGUGUUGUGCCGCUUUAUUAACUUUAUCAACAAAAAUGAUUCCAUGCACUGAUACAAAAUUAACUAUGACGACAGAAUCACUGUGACAAAAGCUGUGUGGAUGGAGUCUUUGCGGGGGGUUGGCGGUCUUUCCCGCGAGUAUAAGCUGGUAAUGCUGGGCGAAGGAGGAGUGGGUAAAAGCGCCAUCAUCAUGCAGUUUAUCAGUCACCGGUUCCCUGAGGAUCACGACCCUACUAUAGAGGACGCCUAUAAGACGCAGAUCCGCAUCGAUGACGAGCCGGCGAACCUGGACAUCUUGGACACAGCAGGACAGGCUGAAUUCACAGCUAUGCGUGAUCAGUACAUGCGUGCCGGUGAAGGCUUCAUCAUUUCCUACUCCAUCACGGACCGGCGCAGCUUCCAGGAGGCUCGCCACUUCAAGCAGCUGAUCUGCCGUGUGCGGCGCACUGUGGACACACCCGUGGUGCUUGUGGGAAACAAAUCUGACCUUGCACACCUGAGACAGGUGUCCGUAGAGGAGGGGAAGGACCUGGCGAGGGAGUUCCAGUGUCCAUUUUUCGAGACGUCGGCAGCCUUCCGUUACUACAUCGAUGAGGUUUUUGCCGCUCUGGUGCGUCAGAUCCGUCAGCGCGAGGCUGAAGUGGUGCGCAGCGGCGAGAGAAAGACGCGACGUAGCCGAUCUCUCUGGAGCCGCUUUAAAGCGCCCUUUCGCAAGAAACAGCACUUCGAGAACUGACGUGGCUGUUGGGGGAAGAAGAGGAAGUUACUGCUCCGAUGUUCUCGACUGUAACCCUGUUACCUCCACCCUGUGGAGAGGUGGUGCGGGAACUGUUAACCUAGUAGUUUAUAAUCUGAUUUCUCUUUUAAUGAAGCACUCUGAAUGGUGUAUCGGUUAUGUUUGAUCUGACACCAGCCUUCGACGUCCAGGACACACUUACAGCCACAAGAUACCGGCUACUCACUGUUACCUUUUACCUGAGGCGCAAUUCUUCAUAAUACUGUAUCUAGUGAAACGUAUUAAACUUGACUUUAGUUACAAGGAGCUUAGCUUUUGAUGUUGACUUUCAGGGGAACUGUAGUACCUCCAAUUCAUAACAAGUGGAAUGAAAUCCGAAGGUGGGGAGAUACUGAGAAACUGAUAAAGAACGAGAGAGUUAUGUGUGUGUAAUAUAUAUAUAUCAGGGUCUGAAAUGACUCCACUGUGGCAGUAAAUAACAACUGAUUUAACCCUGAUCUUUCUUAAAGGUUAUUAAAACACUUCUUCCAGUCAGUGCAUCAUCACACUGUCAUAGAUACACAAUGGUGCUUAAAGACACACAGAUCAUCGGUUUAAAGUCUGUAGUGUUUUUUAGUUCCCCAGUGCGUACGUUUUGACGUGAUUCUGAUGAACAGCUUACUGCAGUUUCAGCGUAUCGUGUCAGUUACAACCUCUUAUUAAAUAUACACUGUGGAUGUUUAGCUGUGUCUUAGGAGAGCUUAAAAAACCCAAACACACCCACACGUAACAACAGUAUCAAUCCAACACACACACACACACACACACACACACACACACACACAGAAUAGAGACAAAAUACAAGGGCUGAGGUUUUGUUGCGCUUCCUCGUUUCAGGUUCGAAAGCAAAAUCACAAUAAAAACCUCUGACAAAAUCCUAACUUCAACCGUGGAGAAUUGAGAUGGAGAAGCAUUUCAGACCCUGAUCAUGUAGUUUAGAACAGGCUUCAGAUUUGCCUCAGAGUGUUUAGGGCAUGUGAGGAAAAGAGAUAGAAAGAGAUCAAAUUAUGUGCAGGAUGGGUUCGAUGGGUGUGAGGUUCGAAUGCAGCUGAAUAAAGGAUUGUGUAACGUUUUCUUUUUCAUGUUUGUUUGCAGAUCACAGUUUUGCAGCUCGGAGGUUUUUAAUGUGGUUUAUAUCCUAAACAGCUCCCUACAGAGCGCAAGAGUGCGGUGUUGAAACCACAACAUCAAACCCUGUGCUUUUAAAAAGGAAGUAGGGAGGCAUUCGGCCUGAGGCUCAUUUGAGAGUAGUGUUAUUUUUGGAAAUGAGCAGUGCAACAUAUUCACACACACACACACACACACACACACACACUGGGAAAGGCACAGGACACAGCAUAAGGACGUAUGUAAUGUUAUCAACUUUAAAGAUCACGCUAGGAUUUUUUAAUAACAAACAGCAUUAAUUUAAAAGUCAUGAUUCAACCAAACACACUGGAACUCAUCUCACAUGUCUGGGAUUAGUCGUGACGAGAGUCGUCACAGCACAAGAGAACACACUUCUAGGGAUUAGUAACAUCUCGUUUUGCAUCCCGUUGGUAUUUUCGGACUUGUUCUCUAUGUUAGAUGGCGUACAAAUGUGACACCUUGACAAACUUCUUCUUUUUUUUUUUUUUUUGUUAAUCAAUUUUGUGCAAUUACUUCAUGAAAAAUCUAAAUGGCGUGUCUGAUUAUUGUUCGUUUUUUUAACUGUGAGAUUUUUUUUCCCCUCUCAACUGUGUGAUCAUGAAUACUAUAUUUUCUUUAAUUUAUUUUCAUCAGAGAUUCUUAAAUAAAAUGGUGUAGCUGA